ACCCUCGCGGACAACUUUCUGUGGCAAUGCAGGGAAAGCUACGGGAGCGUGGCUGUUGCACAUGUGUUACGACGCCAAGUAGUCCGUCCGCCAGCGUCUGACAGUGCUUUUGGUUGCUCGGAAAAGACGCCGAAUCGAUGCAGCUACCACGUGCGAGGGUUUCGCAUUUGCCCAGACGCGGUAGGGAAAAGCCAGAAAAUAAGUAAACUUUUACAUUCAGUCGUGUGUUUUGCCCUGUUUAACUGCUGCUAAUAAGGUGUUUAUAUUUUCUCUUCCCGAGGUCAAAGUAACGUGGAUGGAAACACGGGACUCUUUUCAGAAGCUCUCUCUCUUCUGCGCGCGUUGCUUCCGUAGCUUUCCCUUCAUUGCCACAGAAAGUUGUCCGCGAGUAUAGCUCUCCUGUUAGCCUUAGUGAAUACAGAAGCCUCUAAGUUAAACGGAAGCUGGAUUGAUAGCUAUCUUUUAUUCGAUUCGUUGAAUGAAUAACUUGUGCUAGCUCACGCGCACAACGGUUCACCACAACUAUCCUUUCAACUCCAGGGUAAUGCCUUUUGAUAUCGGCUCGUAGUGAAUACAAAAGCCUCCAAGUUGAGCGGAAGCUGGAUUGAUAACCGGUUUUUAUUCGAUUCGCUGAACGAAUAACUUAUUGUGCUAGCUCAUGCGCACGACAGUUCGCUACCACUGUCCCUUUAAGAGGAAGCUUUAGCUCGGUUGCUUCUACCUAAAUACAUGUAAAAGGAGAAUUCGUUUUGCUCGGCAACCACUGCACCAAAUUCCACGAGGUUUGUUGCAUUUAAAAGAAAAACUGAAAUUUAGUGCCUGUUGGUUUCGCAUUUCUGAUUUAGGUCGUCAAUGUUUUAUGAAGAGUGAAAAAAAAAAAAAAGAAUGUUACGAGAACGAAACUAUCAAGUUUACAACUCUAACUCAGCAUUGAAACAUGAUAUCACAAUUCUGUGAAUUGCAUCUAAUAGUAAUCUAAAGCGGUCAAAAUUGUUAUGUUACACAUGAAUCUAAAAAAAAAAAUUAGUAAUAUGAAAAUACAGCUUUUGCAGAACCCUUGCACACAAUGCAACAGAUUCACUUAAGACAUAAAUUCACAUGUCAAAUUUGUCCUCUUUGGAUGACCUAAUGGAUGCCGUUUACAGAACCACGAUAUCUGUUCUUGAGGCAGAACUAUUAAUGUGUAUUUUUUUUCGAACUAUCGAGUUUUUGAAAAUCCUUUUCAGAAAAUGUACCAUACAUAUCGUCCUACUUAGACCAUCCCUUAAAGUUAAUGUUAUAUAAGCUGGGACAGAUGCAUUGAAGUGCUCUUCAUUACGUUAAGUUAAUGAAGGUCUGCACUUCAUUUUUUGUCGUACAAGCGUGAAUUAUGUUGAUAUGUUUGUACGUCGACCCUCCGAUGUAAACGAAUGUUCUUGCAACGAACGAACGAACAAGCUAGCGAGCGAGCGAAAGAAGUUACCAGAGGCGGAGUGCGUUGCAGAAGCGAGCGGUGCCUGUUUUGUCUGCCUGCACAGGUCGCGUUUGAGUAAGCGCAAUCUGCGCACGCCACGUGAGAGUGUAAACAAAGUCAUCGCUUGAAAGCCGGCAACGCGUGCGCAACGUUUCGAAACCAAAACAGCUGCCGUCUGGUUGCGCCACCUAUUGCGAAGAGAUUCAACUAGCAACAAAAAUACAUGGCCUUCAUGAUUUGGCGACGCACCGCGAGUGGGCCUCGGAUGGUUAUUGCAAAUAGGCAGCCUUCGAGAUUGGCUACGCACGACAAACAACAUUAACAGCAGCAAACGAGGAGUGUGCAACCAGCGCCUCCUGUACAAUUGGCUGCAUGUUGCGUAGGGGCGCGCCGCCUUUGCGUAUUCUACCAAACAUGGCUGCCUCCUGUUAGCCGAGGGGACCGGUCAAGCUGCCAAAGUACGGAAUGUGCGGAGUUUCCCGGCUGCGGCGACGCUGACAAUGUCGUACGUCUCCAAACGAAGAACCCAGCGAAGCUAUGCUGUCCAUUACAACAACAAGACCCAGUCUGUGGACUGCCACGGCUACGUGAACCCCUUGGAGCUUGUGCUGGACACGAGCAAGAAGGAGGACGCAGGGGGCCGUGGGGGCCGGUCCUCCGGGGGUCCCCUCGAGCCGCUCCUGGGGCCGCUGGCCGCGGCUGCCGCGACGCAGCAGCAGCAGCACCGCCACCCUUCCUCCUUCCAUGGGGGCCAUUCCUCGGUGGCAGGCCGCCGGACGACCGCCACGUCGCCCGGCGGUGCGGCCGCCGGCCGGGCCGUGCCGUCGCCCCCCCUGCCGCCGGCGCCCCACUCGGCGCCGCCCACCACCACGGCUGCUUCGUCCGACGCCGGCGUGGGUAGGAAGCAGCUGAGCAGGACGCCCACCCAGCCGCCGCCGGGCGCCAUCGAAUACGUGGUCAAGGCUUCUGACACGUUGGCUGGCAUUGCUGCAAGGUUUGAGUGCACACCAGGAGAGCUGACGACGAUGAACCGGUUAACAAGCAGACUCAUCUUUCCUGGCCAGACACUGUACAUUCCUAUCAAAGACCAAGAUGCAGCUGACGCACCUGAGCAUGGGAGACUGGAGGAUGACAAGGCAAGCUUUGAUUAUUGCCAUUUGGUAUUUGCUUGGCUGCUGAGUAGUGUUAGUAGGAUUUAGUCUUGACACUGCUCAGUGUAAAUGGUUUAUAAAUAUUUGUUGUGUUGUUGGACUGCCAAAUGGGGAGAGCGACAACUCAUGUUCUAAGCCAUGUUGGAUUGCAUCGUGCUUGGCCUCCAGAUUUUGCUGCAUUUAUUUCUAGAAACUAAAGAUACUGCUGAGCUUUUUCAGACAAAAUACUGAGGUCC